CAUUCACAGCAGCAAACGAACAACUCAGUACAAAAAUUAAAACUGACAACAUCUUUUACGUAAACGUAAGCAUUGUUUUUCUGGAAAUUUGCCGCCAAAUUUAAAAAAGAUGAGUGCGGCAGAGCAGAUAUGUUAUACUUUAAUUUCUGCUCCAAGUGAUGCAGAGCAGCCAAAUGAAAUGCAGCUAAAAAUGGAUUUAGAAAAAGGAGACACAAAAACCAAAAUUGAAGCAUUGAAAAAAACUAUUCAUUUAAUUCUCAAUGGCGAGAAAUUCCCAACUAUACUGAUGACAAUCAUUCGAUUUGUAUUACCUCUUCAAGAUCAUACGAUCAAAAAGUUGUUGCUGAUAUUUUGGGAAAUUGUACCUAAAACUACACCUGAUGGUAAACUGAUGCAAGAAAUGAUUCUAGUUUGUGAUGCUUAUAGAAAGGAUCUUCAACACCCAAAUGAAUUUUUAAGAGGUUCAACUUUAAGAUUUUUGUGCAAAUUAAAGGAACCAGAACUUCUAGAGCCUUUGAUGCCAGCUAUUCGAGCAUGCCUAGAGCAUCGCCAUUCGUAUGUUCGUAGAAAUGCUGUUCUUGCGAUCUUUACAAUUUAUAAAAAUUUUGAGUUUCUUAUUCCUGAUGCUCCUGAAUUAGUGGCCAAUUUUCUUGAGACUGAACAAGAUAUGUCAUGUAAAAGAAAUGCGUUCAUGAUGCUUAUUCAUGUUGAUCAAGAACGAGCACUCAAUUACCUCAGUUCCUGUAUUGAUCAAGUCCACACAUUUGGCGAUAUUCUGCAACUUGUGAUUGUUGAAUUAAUAUACAAGGUAUGCCAUGCCAACCCAUCGGAGAGAUCUAGAUUCAUUCGUUGCAUUUAUAACCUCCUCAAUUCUAGUAGCCCUUCUGUUCGCUAUGAAGCUGCUGGGACACUUGUCACACUCUCUAGUGCUCCAACAGCUAUCAAGGCUGCUGCAAGUUGUUACAUAGAAUUGAUUGUCAAAGAAAGUGACAAUAAUGUAAAACUCAUUGUUUUGGAUCGCUUGAUUGCCCUGAAGGACACUCCAGCUCAUGAGAGGGUGUUACAGGACCUUGUCAUGGAUAUUUUAAGAGUAUUAGCUUCAUCUGAUUUAGAAGUAAGAAGAAAGACAUUAAAUUUGGCAUUAGAUCUUGUAUCAUCAAGAAAUGUAGAAGAGAUGGUCUUAGUAUUGAAGAAAGAAGUAACAAAGACACAUAAUACAGUUGAGCAUGAAGAUACUGGAAAAUAUAGACAACUGCUAGUUCGUACCCUGCAUUCAUGUUGUGUAAAGUUUCCAGAUGUUGCUCAUACUAUCAUUCCAGUUUUGCUGGAAUUUUUGUCUGAUAACAAUGAACAAGCUGCUGCUGAUGUCCUUGCUUUUGUACGAGAAGCCAUGCAAAGAUUUGAACAACUGCGAUCACUUAUUUUGUCAAAAUUGUUGGAAGUAUUUUCAACUAUAAAAGCAUCUAAGAUUCAUCGAAGUGCUUUAUGGAUACUUGGUGAAUAUUGUGAAAAUGUAGAAGAUAUCCAUAGUGUAAUGACAGAAUUCCGUCAAUGUCUUGGAGAUAUUCCAAUAGUUGAUGAUGAAAUCAAGAAAGCUUCUGGAGAAAGCAAAGAAGAGAAUGAUGGGGAUUCUGCCAUGACUGCUCCAGUUCAAAAACUAGUCACAGCUGAUGGUACAUAUGCAACCCAGAGUGCAUUUAGUGCAGCUCCUUCAUCAAACAAAAGUGAAAAGAAACCACCUUUAAGAGGCUAUUUGUUGGAAGGGGACUACUUUAUUGGUGCAGCGUUAUCUUCUACAUUAGCAAAGCUGGCUCUUCGCUAUAUUACUCUUGUGCAUGAUCCAAAGAAACAAAAUUCCUUUAUUGCUGAAGCUAUGUUGAUAAUGACAUCCAUCAUUCAUUUAGGAAAGUCUGGUCUUGCUGCUAAGAACAUUAAUGAUGAUGAUAUGGAAAGGAUAGCUUUGAGCUUGAAAGUACUUGCAGAUCGAUCACCAAUGAUGAUCAACAUUUUCACUGAUGAAUGUAGAAAAUCUCUUGCUGCUAUGUUAGCUGCAAAACAUGAAGAAGAGCAAGAGAACCUUAAGGUGACAAAUGCUAAAGAGAAACACAGCAUUGUUGUUCAAGCUGAUGAUCCAAUUACUUUCGGACAGCUUAUGGCAAAAGGUGAUGCUUCAGGAACGGAGAACAUGUUUGAAUUGAGUCUUAACCAAGCCAUUGGAGCUUUGAAGAAAGAUUCUGCGGCUGAUCUGAGCUCUUCAAAAUUGAGCAAAGUGACUCAGCUGACUGGCUUCUCUGAUCCAGUGUAUGCUGAAGCUUAUGUGCAUGUCAAUCAGUAUGAUAUAGUGUUGGAUGUACUGAUUGUUAAUCAGACAUCAGAUACUCUCCAAAAUUGUACAUUAGAAUUGGCUACCUUAGGUGAUCUGAAGCUUGUAGAAAAGCCAUCUCCUGUUAUUCUAGCACCUCAUGAUUUCUGUAACAUCAAAGCAAGUGUCAAAGUUGCUUCAACUGAAAAUGGAAUCAUCUUUGGAAAUAUUGUGUAUGAUAUAUCUGGAUCUGCUAGUGAUCGAAGUGUGGUUGUUCUAAAUGACAUACACAUUGAUAUCAUGGAUUACAUAAUUCCUGCAACAUGCACUGAUCAAGAAUUCCGUCAAAUGUGGGCUGAAUUUGAGUGGGAGAACAAAGUGUCUGUUAACACUAAUUUAACUGAUCUGUAUGAGUAUUUGUCACAUCUUAUUAGCUUCACGAACAUGAGAUGUUUAACUCCUGAAAAGGCAUUGUCUGGUGAAUGUGGUUUCAUGGCUGCCAACUUGUAUGCCCGAUCAAUAUUUGGAGAAUAUGCUCUGGCCAAUGUGAGCAUUGAAAAGAAUCCAUUGGUUCCUGAAGCUCCUGUAACUGGUCACAUUAGAAUUCGAGCGAAAAGCCAGGGUAUGGCUCUAAGCCUUGGAGAUAAAAUAAAUCUCAGUCAAAAGAUGGGUCUAAAAAGUGGUGCUUGAUGAUGUUUGUGUUUUGGGAAAUUCAUUUAUAAGACUUUGAAAUGAACUGUUUAUGUGAAUGUUACCAAUCACGAUAUAAAUGAAAUUAUGAAGGUGUAUUCAUUAUUUUAAACCAUCUUGUUAAAUGUUAAAUUUAUAGUAUUUUUUCAUGUAUAAUAAAUAUUAUUAGAAAUGUGUUGUAAUUGUUAAUUGAACCUUUUCAUAGUUUGAAUUUUAUAAUUAAUCCAGCAUCACAACUUAUAUCAACUUCAUUUCUUUUAAUUUUUGGACAAUUAUUAUUUAUUCUUUAUUCAUAAAAUAUUUUGCCAAUAAAAUGCACUCUUUUAUGUGUCGUAUGCAUUUAAUUAGCUGAAUUAAAUCACUUCCUUUAAUUGUUUGUCUUUUGAAAUGAAAAGAAGUAGAGUUAAAAUUGUGUUUAUCACUUCAAAUGGCUUAUGUAUUGUAUAAAGCAGAAUGAUGUUUGUUAAAUUUUCUUGGAAUUUUUUCAAUUAUUGAAAUGAAUAAUAAAUUUUGGCUUGUAAAAGCAGUUUUCUUGCCAUUGGGAAUUUUAAUAUUUUUAUAAUGCAUUGAUUCUUCAGAAUUAUUAGAGAUAGUUAAUAUUAUUUCUAUUUUAUGAAAUUUAUUGAAUUGUUAAAUUGCCUUUCACCUCUUUUGUACUCAGAUGUAAAAAGCAGUGCUAUGGAAAAUUACUUUUUAUUUUAUUUUCAUUAAAAAAUAAAAUAUGAACCAAU